ACCUGCUUUCUUUCGAGACAGCUGCGGCAUGACGUCACGGCCUCUCAAACGCUGAUUGUGACGCUGUGAAGUUUCAGUAUCUCUUCAAUACACUUUAGCUCGUAAAAAUGCUAUUUUUCGCAUGUUAUUUAUACUAACAUCCGAUUUAUUGUGUUUCCUUGCGUGUGUCGUUGUUUCGUUUGUUUGUGUGACCAUCCGGCGUCGGUCUUUAAAUGCGUGGGGUGCGCGCAUCGCUCAGUCACGCAGUAUGCGGAGGAAGUCAGCGGGCAGCAUGUGUAUCGUCGAGCGUGGGCCGAUAUAUCGCGAUAUAGACAUACCCGUGGCCCGUGUUAGCGACUACAGCAGUCCGUGUUGAGUUACUGCGUAUGUAGGGACCCGAAACCAGUAACUUGCGGAACCGGAUGGCUUUAUUGGAGGCAACGGUUUCGCUGUCGUUGGGGGUAAUGGGAUCUCUACGGUUAUAUGCAGCCUGUCGGUAGGACGCGGGAGCGAGACUGCGGCUGAAAGCCCACUGCGACCUCUUACCAUUUGCAUGUCAUUUAACGACCGGCGAUUCGGUAUACAAGGUGCACCGUCGGUCGUUCGCGUUGUUUUGUUCGUUUUUGGCGGGUGUGAUCGUACAGAUGGGCUUUAAAAUCGGUCUUGCGAGGUAAUUCGAAGCCUAUACUUCAGUCCCACGGUGCAGUCUUGAGCGUGUGAUGAUAGGAGACACAAUGACGCUUUUGUCUCUUUUGGGUCGCAUCAUGCGUUAUUUCUUACUCAGGCCAGAGACCUUGUUUCUGUUAUGUAUAAGCUUGGCCCUUUGGAGUUACUUUUUCCACACGGACGAGGUGAAAACCAUCGUCAAGUCCAGCCGGGAUGCUGUCAAGAUGGUGAAGGGGAAGGUGGCGGAGAUGAUGAUGAACGACCGGCUCGGGGGUCUGGACGUCCUGGACGGAGAGUUCUCCAAGACGUGGGAGUUCAAGAACAACAAUGUGGCGGUGUAUUCGAUACAGGGACGGCGAGAUCACAUGGAGGAUCGCUUUGAGGUCCUUACCGAUCUGGUGAACAGGAGCCACCCUUCAGUCUUUGCGAUUUUUGACGGCCAUGGUGGGGAGGCAGCUGCUGAUUAUGUCAAGGCCCACCUGCCCGAGUCUUUGAAACAACAUCUGCAGGCCUACGAGCGGGAAAAGAAAGACAGUCCGCUCUCUUAUCCUUCCAUCUUAGAGCAGCACAUUUUGGCUGUGGACAGAGAUAUGGUGGAGAAGUUUUCAAGCUCUCAUGAUGAAGCAGGCACGACUUGUUUGGUAGCUUUGCUGUCAGACCGGGAACUGACCGUGGCAAACGUGGGAGACUCUCGCGGUGUUCUCUGCGACAAGGAUGGCAAUGCCGUGGCCCUGUCUCAUGACCACAAGCCUUACCAGCUGAAAGAGCGUAAAAGGAUUAAGAGAGCAGGUGGCUUUAUCAGUUUCAACGGUUCUUGGCGGGUGCAGGGCAUCCUUGCCAUGUCACGUUCUCUGGGGGACUACCCUCUGAAGAACCUUAAUGUCGUCAUCCCGGACCCUGACAUCUUGACCUUUGACCUGGACAAGCUACAGCCAGAGUUCAUGAUCCUGGCUUCUGAUGGCCUUUGGGAUGCAUUUAGCAACGAGGAAGCCGUUCGUUUUGUCCGGGAGCGCUUGGAUGAGCCACACUUUGGUGCCAAGAGCAUUGUGCUGCAAUCAUUCUACCGCGGCUGCCCCGACAACAUCACGGUCAUGGUGGUGAAGUUUAAGAACAGCUCUGGGAGCAAAUCUGGAGAGUGAUUUGACUGAACAAAUACAUGGCCUUGGUUGUCUUUUCAAUUAUGCUUGUCUGCAGAAGCUAGACUGUAAUAUAAGAGGUAAAAAAAUGUUCCCACAAUUGUGGUGUACAUACUGUGCAUGUGCAAACAUGCAUUACCAGAUUUUUUUGUUUGUGCCAAAUGGACACUCUUUAAAUUUACGCAUUUCUUUGAUUAUGCCUCACACUGUAAAGACAACGUAUCCUGACCUUUCUUUCACUAAGCAAUAUUAUUUGUAAAUUGAACAGCAAUUGGCAAAACACUGACACUUCUAAAACUUUGUUCAGGAUAAAUGCAUAAAUAUACCUUGGAUUUGCUUUUCUUGUUUUUGCAAAUGAAAGCUGAUGCACUGUACAGUCUCCAUCUCUUCGACUGUGCAUGAUCCACUCGUAUCAUUCAAAUGGAUCUAUGCCACUUUACACUGGUGCUGUUCAUCUAUUCUUUAGGUUGGUGUAAGCUUGGGUUAGACUAACGUUACAAUUUGUUCAAGAGUUCUUCAUAAUAAAUAAUACAUCCAUAUCAAAUA